AUGCAACUUCUCAGCAUCCUCGCCGCGGUGAGCGUCUUCGCCGCUGGAACUGCUGCCGUGAAAGGGCCAUUCGCCCAAAGCAAGCGAGGCGGUAACAAGAUUCAGGUCUUGCCUCGCCAGCUACCAGCAGAGCCCACGGGUGUCCAAACCAUCAUCAGCCCCAUUGGCGCCAACAUCACCUACAAGGAGCCAGGCAAAGCGGGGGUGUGUGAAACCACUCCAGGUGUCAACUCGUACGCUGGUUUCAUCAACCUCGGCGAGGACGUCCACACCUUCUUCUGGUUCUUCGAGUCAAGAAACGACCCGGCCAGCGACCCGAUCACACUUUGGCUCAAUGGAGGCCCUGGGAGUGAUUCAUUGAUCGGCCUCUUUGAGGAACUUGGUCCCUGCAAUGUCACGGAAGACCUCGUCACUCAAUUGAACCCCUACUCGUGGAAUGAAGCCUCAAAUAUGCUCUUCCUGAGUCAACCGGUCGGUGUUGGCUUCAGCUACGGCUCAAAGCAACCUGGAAGUCUGGAUGAGUUUUUUGGCUGGUAUGUAAAUGCAACUUCAGCCAACGUAACGGGACGCUAUCCGGUGAUUAACGCGACCGCUAUUGAUACCACCGAUCUCGCCGCAGUUGCCGCAUGGGAAGUGCUUCAGGGAUUCUACUCUGCCCUUCCACAACUUGACUCGAGGGUGCAAUCUACCCAGUUCAACCUGUGGACCGAGAGUUACGGUGGUCAUUAUGGCCCAGCCUUCUUCAACUAUUUCUCCCAGCAAAAUGCGCUUAUUCAAAAUGGUACCACGACCGGCAAGGCGUUCGAGUUCGUGAACUUGGGAAUAAUCAAUGGCAUCAUCGACGAAUACAUCCAAGCUCCAUACUACCCACAAUUUGCGGCCAACAACACCUACGGCAUCAAAGGAGUUAAUGACACGGUAUACAAUUACAUGAACUUCGCCGUCAAUAUGCCCAACGGCUGCCUCGAUCAGGUCACCUACUGCUAUUAUGCCGACCAAACCACACUUGGCGGACAAGCCGUCUGCGCGGAAGCCGCAAAUAUGUGCCGUGACAACGUGGAAAGCCCCUACUACUAUGCUGCCGGCGAACGUGGUGUCUAUGACAUUCGUCAUCCUUUCGAUGAUCCUACUCCCCCGUCAUACUUUGUCGACUAUCUCAAUAUGGACGCUACGCGGGACGCGCUGGGCGUGGACACAAACUACAGCCAGUCCAACAACGACAUCUACUAUGCAUUCCAGCAAACCGGCGAUUUCGUUUACAUGAAUUUCAUUGAAGACCUCGAACAACUUCUCAAUUCAUCGUCCGUACGGGUGACUCUUGUGUACGGAGAUGCGGACUACAUCUGCAAUUGGUUCGGAGGCCAAGCAGUCUCCCUAGGUGCUCAGUGGACUCACUCAGAAGAGUUCAACGCGGCAGGCUACACUCCAUUCGUCGUGGACGGUGUCGAGUACGGUGAGACGCGAGAGUACGGAAACUUCUCGUUCACCCGUAUCUACGAGGCCGGCCAUGAAGUGCCUUACUAUCAACCCAUCGCCUCCCUAGCAUUUUUCAAGCGUGCCUUGACAGGUAUGGAUAUUGCCACCGGCAAUAUCUCCAUCAACGCCACCUAUGGCACCGACGGCGAGGCCACAGCUACACACACCGAGCCUUUCGUUCCACUUCCUGCCACAAGUUCUUCGGCUUCUGCCACUAGCACGGGCACUGGCGCAGUCCAUGCACCAAUGCGGUUUAUGGAACGCAGAUCGUUCUAG